AUGACGAUUCCUUAUAAAUCUACGUUCAAGAACGACAUCAUUGAAUGGGCUCGUGAUCAUAGAUGUCAUCAUAAAUGGACGGAUACACACGCUGAUCCGCACAACACCAACAGAGGUUUCUUCUUUUCACACAUGGGAUGGCUUUUAGUUAAAAAACAUCCGCAGGUAAGAAUCCAAGGCAAAAAACUCGACCUCUCUGAUUUGUUUGCUGAUCCUGUCCUGGUUUUCCAGAGAAAAUAUUAUAUCCCCAUGGUUCUAUUAUUCUGUUUUUUGCUUCCAACUGUCAUUCCCGUAUACUUCUGGAAGGAAUCACCGCUGAUCGCUUUUUACACAGCAGCACUGUUCCGCUACUGCUUCCUUCUACAUUCUACGUGGUUUAUCAACAGCGCUGCUCACAUGUUUGGUUAUAAGCCUUACGACUCACGAAUUUCUCCCGUCGAAUCCGUUUGGACGUCGGUCACUGCAGUUGGUGAAGGGGGACACAAUUUUCACCACACAUUUCCUCAGGAUUACCGCGCUUCCGAGUACUCGAUGAAGUUGAACUGGACAUGCCUGUUCAUAGAUGCAUUCGCCGCUAUAGGAUGGGUGUAUGACAGAAAAUUCGUUUCCGAGGAAUACGUUCAAAGACAAUGUGACAAACAUGGAGACCCAGAGAAGAGGCACAAGUGGUCAACUUUUUCAUGA